GUGCUAAUUUUAAAAUGAUAUCAUAAUGAACUUGUGUUAAAAGCUACAAACAGAUAUGGAAAUGAGUAAAUACAUAAAUAAAUACAGACAGUUCAUAGAGAGAUAGAUGUCUGCUGUCAACCCAUAGACAAGAUGGCAGCCAGUGAGCCAAAGGGCCAAAUAAAGAACCAGGCCAGAUUGCAGCCCCUGUCCAACCCAGAGCAGGACCUGACUAAGACCUUCAAGCUGCUCCACUCUGCCUCUGAUGACUGGUGAGCAUUCACUGUCGACAAGACCAAUGGAGCUAGGCUAAAGGAAGCACAGUGUAGUGUCCUUGGAAAUGUAGAUUUGAGCUACAGAGCGUAGAAACUUCUGAAAUUAAGAGAACAGAGUCCUAAUUGAUGAACAUCAUUAUAAGAUUUUUGGAAAAUGUUGUGGAAAAUGCUUACGUUUCUUUCACUAAAUUGCAGGGAGAAGAAGAUCGAGGGCUUGACCUCUCUCCGUGUAAUGGCUCAGAACCACAUGGACAUACUGAUGCCUAAACUCCAUGAUAUCUGCCUUGCCAUUAUAAAUGAGGUGAAGAACCUGCGCUCUGCAGUGUCCUGUGCUGCCAUGGCCACACUGGGUGACAUGUACGUCCACCUCCAGAGGGCCAUGGACAGUGAGGUGGAGGGGGGGACGCGUGCUGCUCCACAAAGCCAGCGAGGCCAACGCCUUCAUCCGGCUGGGCGCCAACAUUGCCCUGGGUCACAUGGUGCAGAGCUGCACCCCUACCCGUGUCAUGAAUGCCCUGCUGGUCGGUGGGCUGAGGUAAAGAGGGAGAGGGGUCAAUUAACACUCACUAAGGGGUAGAUCCGGACUUCCACGAAUUAUCCCAUUAUCCAAUCCUCAAAAUUGAGAAGAUUGAAAUACUGCUAGUUUUUAAUUAACUGCCUUUUUCAUCAGCAUGCAAGGUUAUUCCACAACACUUCCUGCAGCAACUCACCCCAACGCUAGAAGUCACAUUUUAAUGGAAUCAGAUUUUUUUGUUAUGUCUUAUACUUCCUUGUGUUGUGUACUUCUUAUUUUACCAUUGCGUUACUUAGAUUAUUUUUAACCAUUGGUGGAGAGGUACUGUCUACUGAUGUGUGCUAGCCUUUGGGGAGUAACAAGUAAUUUAUAAACCUUUAUGAAGUGUAUAUAUAGUGAACAUUUUAGAUGAGCGGCUAUUAGUAAGGCAUUUGAGGUAUUAGUAAG